UUUGCCAACAAAAGCUUACUACAAAGGAAUAAACGGUUUUUUCUGUGACCAAACUUCACUCCAUCAACAUCAAGUGAUGGCCCUCAACACCUCUUGCUCCAUGGCCAUUGUUGACAUGCUAGGAACUCAUGUUCCUAAAUGUGCUAUUCAUGUUUCUAACACACCCAAAUUUUCCUUGUCCCAGCUGAAUGACAAAAAGGGCUGCAACUUGGGGUUCCCCAAACUUGUUCAAAACAACAAGGGCCUUUUCCCACUUCAUGCUGUGCCAUCCAAAACAAUGGUGGACUUGGACAAUUUGGUGCUUCAAUCUCAAGAACAACCAAUGGAAUCAAAGACAAUAAAUGUCAAAUUUCAGUUACAACGCAAUUGUAAUUUUGGGGAAGAAUUUCUAGUAGUUGGUAAUGAUCCUAUGUUUGGUUCAUGGAACCCUGAAAAUGCCAUACCAAUGACAUGGUCAGAAGGGCAUGUGUGGACUGCAGAGAUGGGUGUACCUGUUGGAAAAUUCCAAUUCAAAAUCAUUCUGAAAACAAGAGAAGGUGAGAUUGUUUGGCAGCCAGGGCCAGAUAGAAAUCUCCACACAUGGGAAGCAAUGAACAGAAUCACUGUUUGUGAGGAUUGGGACAAUGCUGAGCAACAGAAAGUAACAGAAGAUGAUGGAGUUCCAAACAUUAAGGAGGAAGAUCAACUUGCUAACACAAACAAGGAAUUCCAGAUGGAGUCAGAAAUGCCAAAUUUUGCCGAGAAUUUGGGUAAUUCUAAGGAGAAGCUGAAAUCAAUUCUGAUAAAGUGCUAAAAAGCACACGUCCAAUCAAAAUUGCUUAAUUUUGUUUCCUUAUAAACAAAGUAUGAUCUACUAGAAUUAAAGCUCAAGUUACUUUGAGCUCGGCAUUUCAAUUCUGCUGAUAGUAUAACCACUUAUUUAUUAGUAAAAAUAAAUGUGUUACUUCUAUUGUAUGGUCAUAUAUGUUCAUCAAUGAAAUGAGUUUUUUACC